AACAAACCACCAUAGCUUGGAAUGAUGGUGUCAGCUAAAGAGGCAAAGGCUAUCCGCAAGUUCGUGUGUGGUCAGCUCCGCGGUGAGCCCGACCUCAGCACGCUGACCUUAGGGAUUUUAAAAAAGAGAUAUCUGGAACACGUGCAACGUGAAUCUUUAAGUCCAGAAGCCAGAAGUGUUAUGAAACUGGUGGUGAAAGAGCAGCUGCUGAAAAUGCAGGACAAUGACGAAAGUGAAAGUGAGUUGGAGACCAGCAAGAAGCCUCAAAACAAAAGAAAAAGAGAAAAAGAAAGGGAUGAAGUGAUUUGUGGGGAAGAAGAUGAUGAAGAGUCAACAGCAAAGAAAGCACGUCAUCUGUCAAACUCCUCAUCAGAAUCGGUGGAAGAAGAUGACUGCAAAAGAGGAAGUGAGGAAGAGGAGGGAAAUAAUUCUGAAUCUGAGGAUGCAGAGCAAGAAGUGAAAAAAUCACAGCGAAAGACAAAUGCAAAUGGUAAACAACCUAUUAGCAGUAAAGACUCAGUGGAAGAAGACGACUGCAAAAGAGGAAGUGAGAGUGAGGAAGAGGAGGGAAAUAAUUCUGAGGACGCAGAGCCAGAGGUGAAAAAACCACGGCGAAAGACAAAUGCAAAUGGUAAACAACCUAUUAGCAGUCAAGACUCAGUGGAAGAAGACGACUGCAAAAGAGGAAGUGAGAGUGAGGAAGAGGAGGGGAAUAAUUCUGAAUCCGAGGACGCAGAGCCAGAGGUGAAAAAACCACGGCGAAAGACAAAUGCAAACGGAAAACAACCGAUGAGCAGUAAAGACUCAACAGAUGAGGAAAUUAAUAAAUCGGAAGAAAACGAGGAGAAGGAGAAGAGUCUCUGUGAAGACGAUCCAAAAGUGAUGAAGAAAGCUAAUGCUACAAAGAAUGGAGGGAAAAGAAGCAACAAUACAAGCCAAAGAGAGAAAACACCUCAGAGCGAUGAAGAGAAUGAAACUGACACAGAUGGCAAGUCAGAAAAGAGUGAGAAAAUCAACGGCAAUGACUCCUCAGACGACAAUACAAAAGAAGAAAAGGUCUCGGAGGAACACACAAAUAACGACUCUGAUUCAUCAUCACUCCCCUCAUUGGAGGAUGAACAGCAUAGCAGAAAAGAAAAAACACAAGAUGAUAAAAAGAAGAAAGCCCCGAAAAAAGUGGCGAAAAAAGAAAAGGGCGCCAAAAGUCCAAAGGAUGCCGACAAAGCUGUUGUCAGGCUCAAGCGGUACAUUUCUCUUUGUGGUGUGAGGCUGAAUUACAAGAAGCUCCUGGACGGCUGUCGCUCUGUCCGCUCCCAGGUGGCUGCCCUGAAGAAGGAGCUUGAAGAUCUUGGUGUCCACGGUCAGCCAUCUAUCAUGAAAUGCAAAAAAGUCAGAAUGAAAAGAGAGGAAUCUAAGGAACUAGCUGAGCUCGAUGUCAGUAACAUCAUUGCCACAGAAGGUCGACCAAAACGCAGAGGAGCCUCAGCAUGGCAGGAACAACAUAACCCUCCGUCCUCUGCAUAUCUGCGCUCUCUGAACUCUGGCUCUGACAGUGACGAGGAAAGCAAUGCACGCCGAGGGCGGCGGAGAGCCACCGACUGGGCCAACCUGCAGGGGGUCAUCAGUGACGAUGCAGACAGCAACUGACCGACACACCUCUUAUGCUGUGUCUAGACGCCAUAUGGAUCCUGGGAUUCCCUUUUCUUUGUACAACUUGGGGUUUAUAUGUUAUUUUUACAAAUGUAUUUUAAUGUUAUAUUUCAAAUAAAGUUAUUGUGAUUUUAUGGAA